UACAAGGGGAAAAACAAAUGGAAAGAUAUAUGGAGAUGGAGGAAACAAAGAUUUCCUCUAAUGUCCUCAAACCACACACAUAAUUCAACUUCUUUUCACAAUAAAACCCCUCAUUUUUUCCCUUCCAUAUAUGGGGUUUUAUCCUAAAUACCCCAUCUACAUUAUCCCUCUUGAUAAAAUGGACCAAUUUUUCUUCAAAGAUUUGAUUUUUUUUAUGUGGGGUUGAGUUUUCUUGAAAUUUUAGGGCUUUUUUCCUUGGUGGGUAUGUGCCAAGUGAAACAGAGAUGAAAAGGUCUGUUGAGGGUUUCAAUGGAAUUAGUUUUGUUGAUGAAGAAGAAUCCAAGGUGAAAAAGCUGUUAAAUGAGUUAUUAGAACUGCAAAAGGAUUUCGUCUCCAAGAAGAGGAAGUUGCAGGCUGCAAAGCUGAAGAAAGAAAGCAUUUUGGCUGAAAUCCUAUUCUUAAAGCAAAGGCGUAGGUACUUGUUGAAAAGCCAAUCUUCUGAUGACGAUAAUGGGAAAAACAUUUCACAUUUAAAAACACACUUCGAUGCUGAGAGUGAAGUCCCUAAAGUAGAAAGAUCCAACAGUGGCUAUGAUGCAGUAGUAGAAUCAGCUCGUCCUGCCUUUACCUCAAAGUUCAACUCGGAACAUCAUGAAGUUGGAUACGAAGAACUGUCAGCAGGCGGGGACGUGUUGAGAAUGGAGUGUGUGCCAAAGAAUUACUUGGUCGAUGACAAUAAUAGAGUCGGAAAGAAGGAACUCUCUUGGCAUGGUCAAGUCACACUGAAGGUCUAAAAUUCCGAUAUCUUUCUUUUAGGAGAGCGAUCUCCAUAACUUAUCGAUAUCUUAUUCUUGAUUCCCUUUUCGUUUUCCUCCUUGUUGCCUCGGUGAAACACAUUAACUUGGAGCAUGCAAUAUAUGAAGUUGUCUAAUCUUUUUCUGGGCAUAACUUAUCAUGUAUUAGCCAUGUGCUUAUAGUUUGCAGUUGUGUAGUUUGAUAUUGUGUUUUCAAGUGUCUACGAUGUGAUACACUAGGUGAUUUCUUCUUAUCUGCCAAAAA